AUGGAGAGCCUGCUGGAUAAUCCAAUGAAAGCCGUUCUAUACUUGAAGGAGCUCACUACUAUCGUGCAGAACCAGCAAAGCCUGAUCCAGACGCAGCGCCAACGCAUCGACGAACUCGAACGAAAGGUGGAGGACCUGAUAGGAGAGAAUCGACAGUUGCGGGACCCUCAUCACUACGUCCAGCAACCCACAGCUCCACAUCAUCAUCAUCACCACCACCACCACCCGACUCACCGUAGCACCAGCCCCCAGGCGCCCGCCCACCUCCAUCAGCACCCGGGGAGCAACAAAGCUGCUGCUCACCUCGGCCAGCAGGAACAGCAGCAGCAGAUUCCUGGGCUAUCGGCCCAGCCUCAGCAGCACCCGACCCCUCCUGCUCCAUCCUCCCACCACCCGCAGCAGCUGCAGCUCGUCCCCACCUCGCCGCAGUCUCCCAAAGCGAGCCAAACCAGCCCGGACUCCGUCGAGGAGGACAAGAGGAGCCCCUGCUGCAAGUCCCUUGUUCCGCAGACUCCCACUACGCUCUGCCGAUCAGUUGGACUGGCCAGGAAAGCGGACAACCAAACAGUGCUUCAUCAGUUCUGCUGCCCUGCCCCAGAGGCCCCUGAGGGGGAGACCUCUACCGCUUGUGUCCCCAGCGAUGACCUUUCUCCAGACUCGUCUAAGGGGGAGGAAGGGAAGGGAGGAGAGGGGGAGCUGCAGAGUGAGGUCCAGUCACAACCACAGCCCCAACAGCAACAACAGCAAGAGACUCAGCCACAGACUGAACCACAGCCACAGCCCCAAUCUGAGCCCCAUUCGCAACCACAGACUCAACCAGAACCCUGCCCCGAAGCCAAACCUCAGCCAGAACCUGAACCCGAACCCGAACCCCAGCCUACACCAGAGCCUACACAGGAGCUUGAGCCUGAAGCUGAAGCUGAACCUGAGCCUGAGCCUGAGCCUGAGCCUGAACCUGACCCUGAACCUGAACCUGUGCCUGAACCUGAGCCUGAGCCCAAAGUCGAGGCCCCGAGUGAGGAAGCUGCACAGGAUGCCCUUAAAGCCCAGUCGCCUACCAGAGAGGAGCACACAGAGGGGGAGCAAGAGAAGCAGAAGACAGAAGAAGAUGGGGAGGCAAACAGAAAUCAAGAGGGAGAGGAUGUGCAGGCCGAGCGACAUGAGGGCGAGGCAGCACAGGAGGAAGAGGAGGAGGAGGAGGAGGAAGGGGGAGGAGCAAAAGGAGGUGGGGCAGGGAGGAGAGCCAGUCUCCACCAUACGGCCUCGCCCUUGAGGGUGCAGCGCAACGGGGCCGGCUCGCACUCCGCCACCUCCGACUAUGAGCUCUCGCUUGACCUCAAAAAUAAGCAGAUCGAAAUGUUAGAGCACAAAUACGGUGGCCACCUCAUCUCCCGCCGUGCUGCCUGCAAGAUCCAGACUGCCUUCCGCCAGUACCAGCUCAGCAAGAACUUUGAGAAGAUCCGUAAUUCGCUGCUGGAGAGUCGUCUUCCUCGGCGCAUCUCCCUGCGCAAGGUCCGUGUGCAAAACAUGGAGGGUUUUUCAGCUGAACGGGCCCUGGCAGAAGGCUGUAACUUGGCAGGCAUCCCAUUGGUGCGCUCACCAUCUCUGCCUGCCACAGUUGGUGGCACCCUAACCGACCUGGAAGAUUCAUUCACUGAACAGGUCCAGUCACUGGCAAAGUCCAUAGACGAUGCACUCAGCAACUGGAGCCUGAAGACCAUGUGUUCACUGCAAGAGGGCGGCACUUAUCAGUUCAGUGCUGACUCCUUCAGUGCAGCAGCAGCAGCAGCUGCUGCAGGAGUAGGGGUUGGAGGAGAGGGAGCUGGUGUGGGAGAGUCAACAAUUCAUCAAGGGCCGGUGGACCCAAGUGACCUGUCAAGAAGCGCAAGCAAGCUGAUGAUGGCCUUCCGGGAUGUGACAGUUCAGAUUGACAGUCAGAACUUCCGUGUUUCAUCUUCAGUCAUGGAAUCGUCCACUUCUGUCACCCUUGGCAGCUGCGUCCAACAAGAGGGAGCCUCUCCCACUGUUACAGCUACUUCCACAACAACAAACUCCACUCCAGCCUCCAUUCCACCUUACUUUUCACAAGAACCCCCUCCUCCCCCAGUAGAGGUUCCAGCUGAACCCAUAGAUCCCCCACCGCCCCCACAAGAACCCCCACCACCUCCAGAAUUAGAUAUAGAAGAAGGCGAUCAGGAUAUUGAAUUCCCUGCUCCCCCUCCAAGUGAAGAAGAGUUUGAGGAGGAUGAACAACCUCCCUUAACCCCUCUGGACAAAAUGGCUGCCCCUCAAAGCCCAGAAGAGGUGGUGGUGCUGCUGCCACCACCACCAACAGAUCUCCCUCAGGCCCCUCCACCACACGAGGCUGUACCCUUUGGGAGCUCUCCUGUGGUAGAGCCGCUGGAGGUCAAGAGGUGUGGUUCUGAGAUGGCAGACAACAGCUCAGAGCAGAUGAGCAGCAGCAGCACAUCCACAGAGGCGCGUUCCACUUCUGAAGCCUCAUCAAAGGAGGCACUGCAGGCUAUGAUCCUCAGCCUGCCACGCUACCACUGUGAGAACCCCACCAGCUGUAAGUCACCCACGCUAUCCACUGACGUCAUGCGAAAGCGCCUCUACCGCAUUGGCCUGAACCUCUUCAAUGUAAACCCCGACAAGGGCCUUCAGUUCCUGAUCUCACGAGGCUUUAUCCCAGACACACCCAUUGGGGUGGCCCACUUCCUGCUACAGAGGAAGGGCCUGAGUCGACAGAUGAUCGGCGAGUUCCUUGGCAACAGCAAGAAGCCCUUCAACAGAGAUGUCCUAGAUUGUGUGGUGGAUGAGAUGGACUUCUCAGGCAUGGAGCUGGACGAAGCACUGAGGAAGUUUCAGGCCCAUAUUCGUGUCCAGGGAGAAGCUCAGAAGGUGGAACGUCUUAUCGAGGCCUUCAGCCAGCGCUACUGCAUGUGUAACCCCGACGUGGUGCAGCAGUUUCACAACCCAGACACCAUCUUCAUCCUGGCCUUCGCCAUCAUUUUGCUCAACACGGACAUGUACAGUCCUAACAUCAAGCCUGACCGCAAGAUGUUGUUGGAGGACUUCAUACGCAAUCUACGAGGUGUGGAUGACGGAGCGGAUAUCCCCAGAGACAUGGUGGUGGGAAUCUAUGAAAGAAUACAACAGAGGGAGUUGCGCUCCAAUGAAGACCAUGUCACCUACGUCUCUAAGGUUGAGCAAUCCAUUGUAGGCAUGAAAACGGUUCUCUCCGUCCCUCACAGAAGACUGGUGUGCUGUAGUCGUCUUUUUGAGGUGACAGAUGUCAACAAGGCCCAAAAACAGGCCGCACACCAGAGAGAAGUCUUCCUCUUUAAUGAUCUCAUUGUGAUAUUGAAGCUAUGUCCAAAGAAGAAGAGCUCAGCAGCCUACACUUUCUGCAAAGCCAUGGGCCUUCUUGGCAUGCAGUUCCACCUGUUUGAAAAUGAAUACUACCCCCAUGGCAUCACCAUCCUCUCACCUUUUGGCUCAGACAAGAAGCAGGUACUUAACUUCUGUGCCCAAAGUGCUGAAGAGCUGCUCAAGUUUGUAGAAGAUCUGAAGGAAUCUAUCGCUGAAGUGUCGGAGAUGGAGCAGAUACGGAUUGAGUGGGAGCUGGAAAAGCAGCAAGGAGCAAAGACACACUCGGUAAAGAACAACGGCACACAGCUAGAGCUGCGUGGCAAACAGGGCUCCCCAUCAGGAAACCAGGAGGUAGAUGACAGAAGUGGACACAAUGCAGUAGAGGUGUCAAUUCACAACAGGCUUCAGACGUACCAGCUCAGCAGCAGCACGGCUCGGAGUCCCGAGAGCGUGGCCCUUCUUAACCACCGGGGGGAGCUGCUUUUCCAGCAGGGGCCCCAGGGACUAACCCAUGGGCCAGCACCUCCACCUCAGCACCCACAGCUGCAGUCAGCGGCGAGCACCCCCGCCCACCACCUCCACCUCCAGCAGCACCACCAGCCCGCUGUCAGCAUGGCUGAUCUGCGGCCCGAGACACUCAUCCAGUGUCAGCAGAUCGUCAAGGUCAUCAUGCUCGACAACAGCGGCCACGGUCGCAUGGAGGCCUUCCUCAGCCAAACGCCCACACACCACCACUACCAGCAUCACCACCACAGCCACCACCAGCUCAGCCAGUCGGCCAUGUCCACCCCGGUCCGCUCACCGGACAGCUCCCAUGGCAACGACGGCCACCAGCCCCCGCUGCCUCCCCCACCUCCGCCUUACAACCACCCGCACCAGUAUAUACCCCCUGACCCCCGCCUCAGUCUACAUCGGACCCCAAGUGGCUCUCGGAGCAUGGUGUAAAUAAAGCUUAAUUAGUAUUCUUUCCCUUACAGAUACACACACAUACACACAUACACACGCACACACACACACACACAUACACAAACACAACCCUACCCCUUCUCUACCUAUUUAAAAGUACAUAAUGUACAUAUAUACAUACAAAUGAAAGAGCUAUAAUAGACAAAAAAAUAAAAUCUCACUUAUAUGCAUAUAUUUAAGAAAAAAAUAAAUAAAAGAAAAAUGGAGGUUUUAAAAGAGAAAUAAGUGCAUAUAUAAAGUU